AUGGUGUCCUCAACUGUUGAUCUAUUGAAGAAGGAGAUACCAGUGGAGCAGGAGUCCCUGUUGAUUUCUGAUGACGUUAAGACCGGUCUUGUUCUUGUUGACAUUGUUAAUGGCUUCUGCACUGUCGGCGCUGGAAAUUUGGCUCCAGUAGCACCAGAUAAACAAAUAUCUGGAAUGGUUGAUGAGUCGGUAAGGCUUGCUAAAAUGUUUUGCGAAAAAAAUUGGCCCAUAUAUGCUGUACUUGACUCUCACCAUCCGGAUGUCCCUGAGCAUCCUUAUCCUCCUCAUUGUAUUGCUGGAACUGAUGAAUCCAAAUUAGUCCCUGCUCUACAAUGGUUAGAAAAUGAACCUAACGUGACAAUAAGGCACAAAGAUUGCAUUGAUGGUUUUGUUGGUUCAAUGGAGAAAGAUGGUUCAAAUGUCUUUGUCGAUUGGAUAAAAAACAAUAGUAUCCAAGCUGUUUUGUUUGCCGGGAUAUGCACAGACAUAUGCGUGCUAGAUUUUGUUUGCUCGGCACUUUCUGCAAGAAACCGAGGAAUUCUUACCCCUUUGAAGGAUGUGUAUGUUUAUUCCGCUGCAUGUGCUACUUUUGACUUUCCUCUCCAUGUGGCUCAGAACAUAAAAGGUGCUCUAGCUCAUCCUCAGGAGCUAAUGCAUCAUGUUGGCCUUUACACAGCUAAAGGACGGGGGGCCAAGGUGGUGAAUGAAGUUUCUUUUGAUGCACCGGGGAAGAUGUGA